UGAACAAAUCAAACGAAAGCGAAAAUUGAGCGAAAAGAAUUGAAGUUGUUGAGUUGAGCGUGUGUUGUGUUUUGGCUUAUUUUAUGUUUAAUAUUAUAACAAUAAAAUAAUAAACUAUUGCUAUCAAAAUGGCUAUGCAAUGCCAACUAUGGAUGGGCAGUUUGGAGCCAAAUAUGACGGAAAGCUUCAUAAUGGCAGCAUUCCACCGCUUGGGGCAGCGGCCACUUGCAGUGAAGGUGAUGCGGAACAAAUUCACCGGAGAGCCUGCUGGAUAUGCCUUUGUACAUUUUCAGACUGACGAAGAAGCAAUAGACUCUAUGCAUAAAUUGAACGGCAAACCCAUCCCAGGCACAUUCCCAGUGGUACGAUUCAGACUAAACACAGCAUCAAGAGAGGCUCGAGCUAACAUGCAGCAGGAGAGAGAGUUCUCUGUAUGGGUCGGAGAUUUAAGUCCAGACGUAGAUGACUAUUCACUGUACAGAAUUUUCGCAUCCAAGUAUAAUUCUAUUAAGACUGCAAAAGUUAUUCUGGACAGCUCUGGUUAUACAAAAGGCUAUGGUUUUGUAAGAUUUGGCAACGAAGAGGAACAGCGUAAUGCUCUAUAUGCAAUGAAUGGGUACACAGGCCUGGGUACUAAGCCCCUUAAGAUAUGUACAGCUGUUCCAAAGCCAAAGGGUGUUCAGGCAGCGCAAGGCGCAGCAGGAGCUGCUGCUGCAGGCACUGGGGCUCCAUACAGCAAUGGGACGGAGUACAACCAAUAUUAUGAUCCGUCAGCCUAUUGGCAAAAUUACUCAGCGUGGUCUGGCUACUAUGGGCAGGGCGACCAGGCCGCCGCGACGCCUGCGCCGGCGCCGGUCGACCCCGCGCAAACCGCCGCCGUCAAAGCGCAAAGCGAUGAUCUCGCGCUCGUUGAACACAAGAAGUCUAUAGACGUGGAUGCCUUGAACCAGGAGUUUCUGGAGCCAGAAUUGUCACUGUGGGACGCGCUAGAAGCCUCACAGUGGUUCCCCCACGAGGUGGUCGAAGCCCACUGACGUCCCGCACGCAAAAGGAAAGUUGACUACGGCGGGUAUAUGUAUGAGAGUAGCAGUGAUAGCGGCGAGAAUAAUCCACACGAUUACACUUGAAAUAUUUUACAAAGCCAUGUAUAUGGACUAUUUAGGAAGCCAUGAUUUUUUAUCAUGUUUAAUAGAAACUAGUAACAGGGUAGUUUCCAACCAGUCAAAUCAGUUACUUUUUACUAAACGUCAUAACACAAAAUUACUAUGGAAUUUGUAUAAAAUAGCACACUGUGACGUCAUAGAAAAAUAUGUAAAUAGCAAAAAGAAAUUGGGAUCUGUCUUUAUUUGGUAAUCAGAAUUGCGUAAUUACUUUUAUCUUUGACCUAGGAAACUGCCCAAUUAUUAUAACGUGUGAAUUGAAACAUAAUGUGUUAAAAUAAGGUCUUUGGUAUGACAAAAACAUUUCAUAGUAUUAAAUGAUUUUGAGUACAGCGUAGGACAAUUCGAACUUCUCACAAAUGUCGUCUAAUAUAAAAAUAAUAAAUGUUUGUAUCGCUUCGCCGCGAAUACUCUGUUGAUUUAUUGACUCUAAGAUUAAUUAUAUUUGUUAUACGAAAUAUAAUUUUUAAACCAGUAA